GUGCACUAUAGGGCUCAUGUGAUCUGUCACAUGACAGCGGAUCUGCAGGAAGGCAGAAUGGGCCCCCGAGCGUGCCUCCUAGGGCUCCUUGCCCUCUUUGUCGCCGGCAAAUGCAGUUACAGCCCGGAGCCCGACCAGCAGUGGACGCUGCCACCAGGCUGGGUGUCUCUGGGCCGUGCGGACCCUGAGGAAGAGCUGAGUCUCACGUUUGCCCUGAGACAGCAGAACCUGGAGAGACUGUCCGAGCUGGUGCAGGCUAUGUCGGAUCCCGGCUCUUCUCGCUAUGGAAAGUACCUGACCCUAGAGGAUGUGGCUGAACUGGUCCGGCCAUCACCACUGACCCUCCACACAGUCCAAAAAUGGCUUUUGGCUGCUGGAGCCCGGAACUGCCACUCAGUGACCACACAGGACUUUCUGACUUGCUGGCUGAGUGUCCGACAAGCAGAGCUGCUGCUCUCUGGGGCUGAGUUUCAUCACUAUAUGGGGGGACCUGCAGAGACCCAUGUUGUAAGGUCCCCACGUCCCUACCGGCUCCCGAAGGCCUUGGCCUCCCACGUGGACUUUGUGGGGGGGCUGCACCGCUUUCCCCCCACAUCAACCCUGAGGCAACGCCCCAAGCCACAGGUGCCAGGGACUGUUGGCCUACACCUGGGGGUGACCCCAGGGACUGUUGGCCUACACCUGGGGGUGACCCCAUCUGUGAUCCGUGAGCGGUACAACUUGACGGCACAAGACGUGGGCUCUGGCACGACCAACAACAGUCAAGCCUGUGCCCAGUUCCUGGAGCAGUAUUUCCAUGAGUCAGACCUGGCUGAGUUCAUGCGCCUCUUCGGUGGGAACUUUGCACACCAGGCAUCAGUAGCCCGUGUGGUCGGACAGCAGGGCCGGGGCCAGGCCGGAAUCGAGGCCAGCCUAGAUGUAGAGUACCUGAUGAGUGCUGGCGCCAACAUCUCCACCUGGGUCUACAGUAGCCCUGGCCGGCAUGAGUCACAGGAGCCCUUCCUGCAGUGGCUCCUGCUGCUCAGUAAUGAGUCAGCCCUGCCACAUGUGCACACCGUGAGCUACGGAGAUGAUGAGGACUCCCUCAGCAGCGCCUACAUCCAGCGGGUCAACACCGAGCUCAUGAAGGCUGCUGCUCGGGGUCUUACUGUGCUCUUUGCCUCAGGGACCACUGACCUGACCUCAACUCUGACCUCUUGCAGUGACAGUGGGGCUGGGUGUUGGUCUGUCUCGGGAAGACACCGGUUCCGUCCCAGCUUCCCUGCCUCCAGCCCCUAUGUCACCACGGUGGGAGGCACAUCCUUCAAGAAUCCUUUCCGAGUCACAGAUGAGGUUGUUGACUAUAUCAGUGGUGGCGGCUUCAGCAAUGUGUUCCCACGGCCUUCAUACCAGGAGGAAGCUGUAGCCCAGUACCUGAGCUCCAGUCCCCACUUGCCACCAUCCAGUUACUUCAAUGCCAGCGGCCGUGCCUACCCAGACGUGGCUGCACUCUCUGAUGGCUACUGGGUGGUCAGCAACCAUGUGCCCAUUCCAUGGGUGUCUGGCACCUCGGCCUCUACUCCAGUGUUUGGGGGACUCCUAUCCCUGAUAAAUGAACACAGAAUCCUCAGAGGCCUCCCCCCUCUUGGUUUUCUCAACCCACGGCUCUACCAGAAGCAUGGGGAAGGACUCUUUGAUGUAACACGUGGCUGCCAUGAGUCCUGUCUGAAUGAAGAGGUGGAGGGUCAAGGUUUCUGCUCUGGCCCUGGCUGGGAUCCUGUGACAGGCUGGGGAACACCCAACUUCCCAGCUCUGCUGAAGACACUAAUUAACCCUUGAUCCUUUCUUGCUAGAAGAGUGGGCCUGUCCACUGCCCCACAGCCGGUGGCUUGGUCCCUGGUUCUGCACUGUUGGGAGCCCUGCUAAACCCUCAACUGUUGACUGCCGCAGCUUAUCUCCCUAACCCAGAAAUGCUGUGAGCUUGACUUGACUCCCAACUCUACCUGCUCCCUUAUACUCAGGUACCCCUGCCCCUGGCCCAGGUUCCUCUACAGAUGCUAUAACCUGCACUGUUUGGGAGCAUCCUCCGCACACCGCCCCCUCUUCCAUUUCUUCUUUUAUUUUUUUUUCAACUUUUUUUUUUCAGUUGUUUACACUGUCUGUGUAGUACACUAUUUCACUUCAUCUUCACUCCUCAAUUCAUUGCCAUGAGACCUCUGCUCUUAUUUUUCACUCUUUCCUCCUCUGAGAAACACUGAGAAAUGAAUGCCUCCCUGCUGCUUCAUCCAGUGGACACUUCCCAAUCUUUGCUUUGUGGGCUGUCACAGUAGUCUACUGCCUCUCCUUCCUUAGCGCCCAGGGCUUAACUUCUCCUCUGACCACUCCCUAUUCCUCCUUCAUUCCCUCUUCCCUCUUUCUCUUUCUCUGCUUCCUCAUCGAAUGUUGUUGUAUUUCAUUGCUCCAUCCUUAGUCUUUUGCUCUUCUCACUCUACUCAUUGACCCUGGAACAAAUCAAUCACUGGCAUCCACAGCCAUCACCAUCUCCCUAUAUCAGAGUUUUUAUCCAACAGUGAUCGAUACCUCAAAAGUAAUAUGUGUGAUACUCAAUAUUUCAUCUCCCUUCUUCCCAAUCCCAAACUGUUCUCUUCUGUUUCUUCUUUGUAAAUGACACUAUGCUUCUUCCAACCAAGCCAGAAACCUAAAGUGUCAUCCUAGACUCCCUUUUCCUCACCUCCUCCCAUCAUCAACUUCAAUCAACAAGUCCUGCUGACUUUAAAACUCUUAAAUAUAUCUUUACCAA